UGGAUCUAUCAAUCAGUUCGCUGCGAACCUUUCACACAAUGCGCACCAAGUUGGCACUUUGCCUCUGCCUGGCGCUCUGCGGAGUCCUGGCGCUGGCCCAUGUCCAGGACGAGCCUGUCGUCGAGAAGGACGAGCUGGAGAGCAGCGCGGAGCAGAACAGCGUCGAGGCGAAUGACGCUGAGCACGACUCGUCAAUGUGGAGGAAGCUGUUUGGUCUCGGCGACAGCAGCGGCAAUCUGGUGGUCACCUUCCCAGGCGACGGAAGCUCUACGAAGAAGCCCAGGACCACGACAAGGAGGCCUCCUCACCACCACUACCCGCCGUACUAUCCACCGUACUAUGCACCUCCUCCGUUCAAUGGCUACCCAUAUCCUGGCUGGGGACAUGGCGGCCCUGGCUGGGGACAUGGCGGUCCUGGAGGCCCCGGCGGUCCUGGAGGCCCCGGCGGCCCCUGCGUCCCCGGCGGCCCCGGCGGCCCCGGCGGUCCUGAAUGCCCUGAGGAUCCUGAUACCCCUCCUACAACAACAACGACAACAACGAAGAAACCUAAACCUGGCCCCCCUUACUAUCCACCCUACCCACCACCACACUACUAUCCCCCCUACCCAUACCCACCCCCACCACCACCACCACCACCAAGGCCACGCCCACCACCAAGCCAAGACGACAGCACCGAGGCACCCCCCAAGCUCUGCAAGAAGAUCAUUCCCUUCGGCGUCCUCUGCUUCUGA